GCGAGUCAUUGGAUUUUAUUCAGUUUGUGCAAAACGAGCGUCGAGCGUCAAGCAAUGCAGUGACUUAGGAAGGAAUAGACGCUUGUUGUAGCUAGAAAUUUUGUUUCUCGCCACCCACUCUACCAACUGUUGGCUGUGGUGUUGCAGACUAAAAAAGCAUAAGAAAAACGAAAACAAAAGGCAAUAAAGUUAAAUUUAAAACGUUAGGAAAAACAAUGAGUUGUUUAGUGUGAAAAGAAAAAUCAAAAACCUCGAAAAUUGUAUUUCUACAGUGGGUCUUGCAUCGAUAGACAGGCAAUCAAAAACACUUCAAUUACAACAUUUUCGUGUUAAUCUAUUUGCUUAGUGUACGCUUUCGACUGAAAUCAGUAAAUAAGCAAAAUUUCGCAAAUUUAUUCACACUUUGGUGAUAAUAAACGGUUAAUUGUAAGCGAUUGAAAGGCAGCGCGGAGAAAACCGUCGCCUGUGUAGAAAAGGCAAGAGCAGCAAAGUGGUGCUUGAAAUUUCGACAGCUUGGCGUGAAAACGGUGGACAUUCCGUUUUUUAUUAUACCUAGAAGAGUAGCAGCAGACAAAGAAAUGUGAGAUUUGGGGAAAAUACAUUCCAAUAAAAAAAUGAAUAAAUAAAAAUAAAAACAAAAAUAAAGAAAGCCGCGGCGAGGCAUCAAAGCAAGAAUUAAAAAUUGCACGCAUUUCCAAAGGCUCAGAGGUCGCGUCCACAAAUAGACAUACCGAAAACGAACCGAAAAGUGACUGCCUCAUAUCACCACCCACUUUGCAUAUAUAAUAAAUACGCACACAGCCGCCCACACGUCACACACUCAUACAAGCAGCCGCCUACGCGCUCCCGUUUGCAGUGUAUAACCACAACCGAAUACCAACGACCAACAUCGACCCGCAAUCAGAAAGGCGCAUCUUGGUCAAAAGCCGUAGCAGUGCUACCUCGCGCCUUGUAGCGACAGCCGAAGCUGCCUAAUCAGCAACAAAAAUAGUAUACGAUUUUAGAAUAGUAAUUUUGCGCAUCGAGCUAUCCCAACCAACGCCACUUGUCACUUGUCAAUUGCGAAUUCCACGUCAAGAUGUUCACACGUUUCAGCAAUCUGCAACGGUGGCAGUCACAACUGUUGUUGUUGGCGUUCACGCUGAUGGUGCUGCUGUUCGGCACCUUCACGCAGGCUUUCAUAAUCAAAGAGGACGAAUCCUUCCUGCAAUCGUCCUACUAUCAAUCUCAGGGUGAAAUCGAAGAUAUGUUUGCACGCUUCGCCAAGACAUUCCCGGAGAAUGCGCGUGUUGAGACUAUUGGACGUUCUUUGGAGGGACGCAAUUUGAUUGUGCUGCAGAUUGGCAAGAAUGUGCAACAACCACGCACUCCACUCACGCCCAUGGUCAAGUACAUUGGCAAUAUGCAUGGUGACGAGACAAUUAGCCGCCAGUUGCUCAUCUAUUUGGCGCAGUAUUUGCUGUAUAACUAUGAGACCAGUUUGGAAGUGGCCAACUUGGUCAACACAACGGAUAUUUAUCUGAUGCCGACGAUGAAUCCAGAUGGCUUUGAGCGUUCGCAGGAAGGUAAUUGUGAAUCACUUCCGAAUUAUGUUGGUCGCACCAAUGCUGCUGGCGUCGAUUUGAAUCGCGACUUUCCUGAUCGUCUGGAAAAUCAACAAACCAUUCAAUUGCGUGCGCACACACGUCAACCGGAGACGGCGGCCAUCAUUAAUUGGGUGCUGCUCAAACCGUUUGUGUUAUCGGCGAAUUUCCAUGGCGGCGCAAUUGUGGCCAGUUAUCCGUAUGAUAAUUCAAUCGCCCAUCACGAAUGCUGUGAAGAAAGUCUAACACCCGACGAUCGCGUCUUUAAGCUAAUGGCGCAUACAUACGCCAACAAUCAUCCGAUUAUGCGACAGGGUCACAACUGCAAUGACACAUUCACCGAUGGCAUAACGAACGGCGCGCGUUGGUAUGAGUUAAACGGUGGCAUGCAAGACUUCAAUUACGCCUUCACCAACUGCUUCGAACUAACCAUUGAGUUGUCGUGUUGCAAAUUCCCAACAGCCGCCGUGUUACCCACCGAAUGGGGUCGCAACAAGCGCAGUCUGAUGCAGCUGCUGAGACUGGCCCAUAUCGGCAUCAAAGGCUUGAUUACGGACGCUAGCGGUUAUCCAAUCAAUGGUGCAAGUAUUGUGGUCUCCGGCCUGGAGGAUAAGCCGGUGCGAACUACACAACGCGGCGAAUACUGGCGCCUACUCACGCCUGGCAUCUACAAUGUACAGGCGUUGGCAUUUGGCUAUCAGGCCAGUGAGCCGAAACAGGUGCAUGUGACUAACGAGAACGGCGAGGCGCUGCGUGUCGACUUCACACUCUCACCGCUCGAGACGAAUUACGAUGGUAAUUUCCGUAAAGUGAAAGUGGAACGAUCCAAAGCGCUAACCAGCGAAGAUGAUUUCUUCACACCAACGAAAUUCGAGCAUCACAACUUUACAGAAAUGGAAAAAUUCAUACACAAUACCGCCGAAUCCUAUCCCAGCAUCACGCGACUCUAUUCGAUUGGCAAGAGCGUAGAAGAGCGCGAUCUCUGGGUAAUGGAGUUAUUCGUGACACCCGGCCAACAUAUAGCGGGCGUACCGGAAUUUAAGUAUGUCGCCAAUAUGCACGGCAACGAAGUGGUCGGCAAAGAGAUGCUACUGCUGCUAACGAAGUACAUGUGCGAACGUUACGGUGUCGACGAACGCAUCACGAAGCUGGUGAAUACAACGCGCAUGCAUUUUCUCUACAGCAUGAAUCCCGAUGGAUAUGAGAUAUCACGUGAAGGUGACAAAUCGAGUGGUAAUGGGCGUGGCAAUGCGCAUAAUAUCGACUUGAAUCGCAAUUUCCCCGAUCAAUAUGGUACUGAUAAGUUUAAUGCGGUGACCGAACCAGAAGUGGCAGCAGUUAUGAAUUGGACACUCUCGAUACCUUUCGUGUUGUCGGCAAAUUUGCAUGGCGGCUCAUUAGUAGCCAACUAUCCAUACGAUGACAAUGAAAAUGAUUUCUCCGAUCCGAUUGCGCGGCUACGUGUCGCAACGACAAUGGGUCGCAAGCUGAAUCCAACGGAGGAUAACGAGUUGUUCAAGCAUUUGGCGUUGGUAUAUUCGGAGGCCCACCCCACCAUGCAUCUUGGCAAUCCCUGCCCGCUCUUCAAACAUGAACACUUCCCAAAUGGCAUUGUCAAUGGCGCUCAGUGGUACAGCGUGACGGGCGGUAUGCAGGAUUGGAAUUAUGUACGCGCUGGCGUUUUGGAACUAACACUCGAACUGGGCUGCGAUAAAUUUCCAAUGGCCGAAGAGUUGCCGAAAUAUUGGCAUGACAACCGUGAGUCGCUACUGAAAUUCAUCGAACAAGUUCACUAUGCCGUACAUGGUACAGUGCGUAGUUCGAUCGGUUCGCACAUUGCGGGUGCGGCAAUAAGGUUGGACGACGCAAAACAUCCAAGUUUCAGUGGUGCAUAUGGCGACUAUUGGAAGUUGGCGCUACCAGGCAGGCAUAACAUCACAAUAAUAGCUGACGGGUUUGCACCUUAUCGUGAGGAAAUUGAAAUCCCGCAAAGCACACGGGAAAUGCGACUGGAUGUGGUCAUGAUGCGUGAUGACCCACAACAUUGGUCGUCCGCUAAUGAUUUUCGUGUGAUAGAAAACGUGGUCAAAACGCGCUACCAUAGCAAUCCGGAGAUCAGACAGCGAUUGGCCGAGAUCGAGAAGCAGCAUGGACAGAUAGCGAUCUUCGGCUAUGCGGAGAGUGAAUUUGGCAUCUACUAUAGCUCGCUGAAGCUGACGUCAGAUAUCGGUGAUCCGGAGGAGAGCAAAUACAAGAUACUCAUACUCAGCUCCUUCUUCGACACUACAUCGCCGCUGGGCCGUGAAAUCUCUAUGAAUAUGGUGCGCCACAUACUUGAGGGAUAUAAAGUACGUGACACGAGCACCUUGAACUUGUUACGAAAGAGUGUUUUGUAUUUUUUGCCAAUAACCCAUAACUUCGAUGUAAUCUUCAAAAUGUUCAACAGAAAUAACUCCAUUUGCGAUCCCGAACUGGGCAAUGAACUUGCCGAUCGUAUACUCGGUCCCGAAUCAGAAAAGAAACGCGAUUUACUGCUUCAAUUCUUUGACAGCGAGCGGUUCGAUUUGAUGUUAACCUUUACUGCGGGCAGUUCAGAGUUAACUUAUCCCAAAGGCGAUCCGAUAAUUGAGAAAUUCGCACACGCCAUCAAAGAUAGCAAAUUCAGCGCACCCUCGCUCCAAUGUCCUAACACCAGCACGCGAUCGCUACAUCAAUCAGCUACCGAGCGUCUCACCAAUCUCCUCUACAAAAUGUACAAGAUUCCACUCUUCAGUUUGGGCAUCUCCUGUUGUCGCAUGCCCGAACAAACGGAGAUCGGCGCUAUUUGGCGUAGAAAUAUCGAUAAAAUCAAGAAUUUCCUGCAACUUAUCGAAACAGGUGUGGUAGGUGUGGUGCACAACGAAAAGGGUGAACCGCUACGCGACGCCUUCGUACGCCUUGUCGACUAUCGGCCGGUCUACAAUGUGACGCGCAAUACCGCACGUUUCCAAAUCAUCUUACCACAGGGUGACUAUGCGUUGGAAAUAAGCGCACCCAGCUAUGAGUCGACAGUGAAGCGCGUGGUAGUCACCCCACAGCAAAUCAACAAUUUAGGUAUAGUGAAGUUGAACGCCUACACUCUGCUCACCGGCGUAAGUGAAAUACAUCGCUUAGGCGGCGGUGGCGAUUCAGACAACACAGGCAGUGCUACCUCUUUUACUGCUGCCGAAACUGCGACCAUUUCGGGUUUCAUUUUAGACGUAUCCAACCAUCCGGUCAAGCAUGCAAAAGUCUCAGUGAUAGCCCCACACACGCGUAACUAUCUUCGCAAUUUCACCGAUAGUCUGGGCGCAUACAGUAUACGUGGCGUGCCGCUGGGCGAAAUCACGCUGAAAGUAGAAGCUCCACGGCAUUUGGGUGCUCAACGGGUGGUUCAUGUGGAAGGUGGCGCGGUGCGCGGCGUCAUAUUCCGUCUAAAGGCUGACGAACAUGUCUGGGGUAUGCCGCGCUGGUUAUUCAUCAUGUUUGCUAGCAUUGUCAUAAUUGUCGCCAUGAUUCUGUGCUUCCUGUGUGUGCAAUUUCUGUUGGUCCGACGACAUCGCGUGGAUAAACGAUACUACAGUUUUUCGUUGCUGCCGCAAAAGGGCAAGGAACUGUUCGAAGACGAUGGCGAGGAUGGCGAAACGGAACUGUUCCGAUCGCCCAUUAAAAAGGGCAUGUCCAUACAGCCAUACUUUGAUGAUGAGGGUGUUGAACAAGAUCGCAGUGAAGACGAUGAUGAAAAUGAAUUUAAUGACGAUAGCGGCGAAGAGAUUGUUAUGCUGGAUAAACGAAAUUAACUGUGAUCUAAAAAUGUUGCUGAUAAUAUAGUAAAUAUAAAGAAGAAAAACACAGAAAGCAGCCGGCAAAUAUUUAUCCAAAGUAUGUAUGCAGAUGAAAGUCAGACUUUCAAAAACUUAAAACACAUUUUUUUAAAUGUAAACAUUUUAUAUAGAAAUGUGUAAAGCAAUUAAAAAUUAAGUACACAAACACUCUAAUAGAUUAUUUAUCACUUAAAAAUGGUUUACGCAAUAUUUAAUUUGAGCGAAAUAAAUGUAAUUUAUUUAUUUUUAUAAACAAAGAGUAAAAAUAUUUAAAAUUAAUGUAAUAUUAUUAAACGGCACAAUUUAUUUUAAUAAAUGUAAUAAUCAUGUGAAAAAAAUUGAAAGCAACAAAGAAAGUGUCUUUAAAUAAAAAGCUAAAACAAAAUACGAACCACUACUGCCAACCUCUCCAAACGAAUCUCAUCUGAAAGUUAACAUAAAAGUUCUGAUAAAAGUAAUAUAUGUAUAAAAUGUAAAAUUUAAUGUGAAACGGUAAUUUUGGUAAUUUUUCGCCUUGCCUUUUCUAAAAAUACGUUUGUUCAACAAAGACUGAAAGUAAUUGAAAAAUAUUUAAAUUAAAUAAGACACUGAUUAAAACUUUCAGGCAGCUCAUUAAAAACAAUUUUCUGUCUAUUAUUUAGAUAAAAAAAAUUACAAUCAAAAAAUAAAUAAAUUAUUAUUAGAUGUACCUAACUUGCAUCUUUUACGAAAAAAAAUAUUAAUAAAUUAAACUUUUUGUGAUAAAAUUUUUCUGAAUUGAAUUGAAUUUUUUUCAAAAUUGAUUGUCAAUAUAUAAGGCAUUUUUUAUUAAUAAAUUAAAUCUUUUUAUGAUAAAACUUUUCAGAAAAACUUCAAAAUUGAUUGUCAAUACAUAAGACAUAUCUACCUUGCCCAUUUCCAAGCUUUUGAUUGGGAAAUAGAUGCCGUAAAUUCCAUUUGAACCAUUUCUUCCCCCCCCCCACAAAAAAAUGCAAUUCUUAAAUUUUACAUUCAUUCCAUUAUAACAAAAAAGGGUGUCGGAGUAUAGCAAAAGGGUUAUCGCUAUAAAUUACAUUCACAGUAAAAUACCUGCCUGCGAACGGCUAACGCCAAAUAUAAAAAAAAUGUAAGGAACAAAAUAGCUUUUCGAAUAAUACGCAGCGCCAAUUUGAGAAAAUUUUGCGAACAAUAUAAAAAAAAUUAGGUAUUAGGUAUUUUGCUGCCUGUAUCUGUUUAUUUUAUAAUUUUUCAACAUUUUUAUUAGUUAAAAUUGCAACAUUCAACAUUAUUUUUCGUGAAUACAACAAUAUACUCGUAAAUCUAAUAGAAAUUGAACAAAAUUUAGUUAAUUUAUUUGAUUAUCAAUUUUUAUGGCCAUUCCAUAAACGAAUGACAAAAAUUUUUGUUGUUAUUGACGGUGACUUCGCUGGGCGCUCCUUUCUUCGACAGCCUGGGGCAGUGCGCCAACCUAAAUUUAAUCAAUCUCCUCCAUUAUAUCAACAGCUUUGUCUCGCUGUAGAUAUCUACCUAUUGGGGGUCUCAUAAUGGUAUCAAAACGGCGCCUUAGUGCUAUUUGAGGAGUGCCAGACCGGCACUUCAACCAUUUCCCCUACCUACCUACGGUGACUUCAAAGUAGCUUAUGAACCCACUUUUUUUUGUUCGUAACUGAUUCUUUAUUUUUAUUUUUUAUUUAAAAUUCUAUACUUCAGCAUUAGUUUCCGAGAAUAUAAAUGAUAAAAAAAUUGUUUGUGGGUAUAAAAUUCACUUAUUUCUUUUAUAAAAUUUCUAUUGCGUAAAUUAAAUUUUGUAUAUGCUAAAAAUUAUGAUGUUUUUUUAAUUUUUGAAAAAUUAAAAGAUCGCCUUUAAAUAACUGUUGUACCACGAUACAAUGAAAAAAAUAUUUUCGAAAAUGUAAUCAAUCUUUUUUCCAGUUAAAAUUGUGAUGCCAGUACCGGUAUAUAAAACAUUCCACACCAGUUUAGGUUUUCCGCAAUUUUUUUACGUCAUCUUUUGAAAGAGGUUGUAUGUAUGCAAUUACAAAAAUUCAUAUUAGUAUGAUAGUUUGUAGCUAUUUUAUGAAAUUUUUUUAGAAAAAAUAUUUUGUCACAGGCUUUAUUUUUAUUUACUGGAAAAUGUAUUGAAUACCAAAACUGUGGAAUUAGUUAAGAAAAUUAAGAAAUAAAGAAAAAAUUUAAAAUAUAAAAUGAUAUUAAGCAGAUGACCGCCGCUAUUUAAUAUUUACUAAAACCGUGCAACUUAAUUUAUAAAUUUAACGAAAACAAUUAAUUUGAAAUGAAUUAGUGAAACCGGUGUGCAUAUAAAACACGGAUAAAAGAAUGUAUAUGUAACUCAGAAAGUAUAGAUAUGUGCACAUACAUAUGUUUAUGUAUGUAUGUAUGUGCAAUAA